AUAGCCAGAGUAACUGGCUCUGAAACAUAAAAAUAGCUAAAUUUUACGUGAAAAUAGCUAAGUUAUCAACACUGUCGCAGAACUGCAAGCUGCAAAUCGGACGGUUUUAUUUAUUUACCACACGCCAUCAAAGAAUAUUCCGCAGCGCAGGAGUGCCACAAAGAGCUAUUUAUUAUUUAUUUAUUAUUGGUGCUGUCGCAGGCAGUCGCGAGAAAGACCGUCGAUUUGUUGGAGCGUGUUGGUGGCCUGUUUGUCUCGCUUAUGUGCUUGUGUGUGUGACGCCUGCGAAAAAUCGAAGUUAUUGCACUGCGCAGCCCUUCAGCCCAGCUGUCCGCCCCGCCGUCGUCCGUCAGCCGCGGAUCCGCAUUCUGAUGAAUGUUCAUUGACCCAACUGAAUGCGCCAUAGACCACUGAGGAGACACCGACCGACCGACUCUGAUUCAAGACUAGACCGCGAUGACCGAGGAUACGGAGUACAAGAAGCUGCCGGUGGAGGAGCGAUGUGUGCACAAGCUGUGGAAGGCGCGAGUGGACGGCUUCGAGGAGGCUGCCAAGAUAUUUCGCGAACUCGACGAUGAGAAGUCACCAGAAUGGUCCAAGUUCGCCGGACUCAUCAAGAAGAUGGUAGUGGACUCGAACGCCAUGGCCCAGGAGAAGGGACUGGAAGCGGCGCUGAUUUUCGUCGAGAACAGCGGACUAGCCGGCCGGACUGUGGGCGAUGUUAUGAAUGGCAUUGUCCAGAAGUGCAUUGCAGCUCCCAGGACUAAGACCAAGGAGCUCUCCGUCCAGGUGACUCUCAUGUAUGUGGAGAUUGAAAAGCAGGAAGCCGUCGUCGAGGAGCUAGUCAAGGGCAUGGAGGCCAAGAACCCCAAAAUCGUGUCCGCGUGCGUAGCGGCCUCCACUCAGGCUCUGCGCGAGUUUGGAAAUAAGGUAAUCAGCGUCAAGCCACUCAUCAAAAAGCUGGCCCCCUUGAUGUCCGACCGCGACAAGGCGGUGCGCGACGAAGGCAAGCAGUUGGCUGUGGAGAUCUACCGCUGGAUCGGUGCACCGAUGAAGCAACAGAUCAAUACUCUGCCCCAGGUGACUCUCAAAGAGUUGGAGGACGAGUUCGACAAGCUCAAGGGCGAGCGGGUGGAGCCCUCAAGAUAUCUGAAAUCGCAGCAGGAGAAGCAGGCUAAGAUGGCCGAAGUUGCAGCAGAAAACGAAGAUGCCUAUAAUGAAGAAGAUGGCGAAGCCGGCGCCGAGGAAAUCGAUCCCAUGGAUCUCAUGGAUCCCGUGGAUAUACUUUCCAAACUGCCGAAGGACUUUUACGACAAACUGGAGGAGAAGAAGUGGACAUUGCGUAAGGAGUCGCUUGAGGCCUUGGAGAAGAUUCUCACCGAUAACCCCAAGCUGGAGAACGGCGAGUAUGGGACUUUGGUAAGCACCCUGAAGAAAAUCAUAACCAAGGACUCGAACGUCGUGCUCGUCGCGAUGGCGGGAAAGUGCCUCGCUCUGUUGGCCAAAGGACUUGCCAAGCGAUUCUCCAACUAUGCAUCGGCUUGCGUGCCAUCUCUCUUAGAAAAGUUCAAGGAGAAGAAACCAAAUGUUGUAACUGCUCUGCGCGAGGCCAUCGAUGCCAUUUAUCUGUCCACUUCGUUGGAAGCCCAACAAGAAUCUAUCGUGGAGUCGCUUGCCAAUAAGAAUCCCAGUGUUAAAUCCGAGACUGCCAUGUUCCUGGCAAGGGCCUUGACGCGCACGCAGCCCACGGCAAUAAACAAGAAGCUUCUCAAGCUGCUGACCACCAGUCUGGUGAAGACGCUGAACGAGCCCGAUCCCACGGUCCGCGACAGCAGCGCCGAAGCUCUCGGCACCCUCAUGAAGCUGAUGGGUGAGAAGGCAGUGGCGCCUUUGCUGACCGACAUAGAUCCCCUCAAAAUGGGAAAGAUCAAAGAGAGCCACGACAAGGCGGAGAUCAAGAUAAAGGUUGCCGGCCCCAAAAAGGAGGCUCGACCUGCCUCAGCUCCACCGGUCAAGGCUGCUGCUCCCGCCAAGGCAGCAGCCGGCAGUGCGGAGCCGAAGCCUGUAACUCGACCCGCCACCACAGGGGCACGCAAAGUGGUGAAGAAAGCAUCUGGCGGCCCAUCUGGCGGUGGUGCAUCUGGCGGAGGUGCAGUCGCAGCUGCCAAAGGAUCGGGCAAGGCCCUGGCAACGGAGAGAGAGCUGGCACCCGAAGAGGUCCAGGCCAAGGCCGAAGAAUUUCUGCCGGCGGAUAUCCUCAGUGGUCUCGUGGACUCUAACUGGAAAAAUCGUCUUGCAUCUGUGGAACAACUCAUGGGCGAUAUAACCAGUUACGAUGCCAAGCAGGCGGGGAUAUCCCAAAUAUUGAUCCGCACAAUCAGCGGACGCAAGCCUGGACUCAAGGAGAUGAACUUUCAGGUGCUCAAGUUUAAAUUGGAUGUUAUACGCAGUGUGGCUGAAAACUAUCCGCUGACCACAACAACUGUGGACCAGGUGAUCAACGAAAUAACCGAGAAACUUGCCGACGCCAAAAAUGGCGCCGCAGCCUCCGAUGUCCUCACCGCUUUUGCGGAAGCCACCAAACUGGAAUACGUUGUGGGCAAAGUGCUGACAUUUGCCUUUGAGCAGAAGUCACCCAAAGUCCAGUCGGAGGCGUUUAAUUGGGUCAACAAGUCCAUCACCGAGUUCGGCUUCCAGCUGCAGCCCAAAACCCUGAUCGAAGACGUUCGCAAAGGUGUUCAGAGCACAAAUCCUACGGUACGCGGCGCGGCCAUCCAACUAGUGGGCACCAUGUCCAUGUACAUGGGCAAUGCCCUGAUGAUGUUCUUCGACAGCGAGAAGCCGGCUCUAAAGUCCCAGAUUCAGGCCGAGUUCGACAAGAAUCUGGGCGAGAAACCGCCGAAGCCGGUGCGUGGCGUUCAGAAGGCUAGUGGAGGAGGAGGUGCCAGCAACUCCGCGGAGAAUGAGGAAGAGGAGGGCGGUGCCGUCGAAGAGGAACCCAUCAACAUGGCGGAUCUCUUGCCGCGCGUCGAUAUUGCUCCACAGAUCACGGAGACCCUGCUGAAGGAAAUGUCCGACAAGGACUGGAAGGCUCGCAAUGAAGGGCUGACGAAGCUGCAGGCGAUCAUCUCCGAGGCGCGCCUGAUCAAGCCCAGUAUCGGGGACUUGGCCCCAGCGUUGGCGCAUCGCCUAGUUGACUCCAAUGCAAAGAUCGCGCAGACGGCGCUCUCCAUUUGCGAGCAGCUGGCCACAGCCAUGGGCGCCGGCUGCCGAAGCUAUGUGCGCACUCUUUUCCCGGGAUUCCUGCACGCCUUGGGAGACAACAAGAGCUUCGUGCGGGCCGCCGCCCUGAACUGCAUCAAUUGCUUUGGGGAGAAGGGCGGCUACAAGGAGUUCUUCGAAGCGGAGAUGAUUGCCGAUGCCCUCAAGGGUGGAUCUCCAGCUCUGAAGUCUGAGCUGUGGGCCUGGCUGGCGGAUAAGCUGCCUGGUCUGCCGCCAAAGUCAGUGUCCAAGGAGGAUCUGCAUGCCAUGGUGCCGCAUCUGUAUGCCCACAUCUGCGAUCGGAAUGCGGACGUGCGCAAAAACGCAAACGAGGCUGUUCUGGGCAUCAUGAUCCACCUGGGCUACGAAGCCCUGGUACGAGCUCUGGAUAAGCAGAAGCCGGCAUCGAAGAAGGACAUUUCGGCGGCCCUGGAUAAGGCGCGACCCAAUCUUCCAGUGAAACCCCUACCCAAGGGCAAGCAGCAGGCACCCAUUCCCGAAGAGCCCAAGGCUAAGACGGUACGCGGUGGAGGUGGCGCUGCCAACAGCGGCGCAGCUGGAGGUAUUCAAAAGAGUGCAUCGGCGCGAUCGGCCGGAGGACAGGACAAACAGCCGGCACCGACGCGCAAGAAGGACGAGGACGUCGACACCUCGCCACUACUGGCGAUAAACAAUGCAAAGAACCAGCGUCUGCUGGAUGAGCAGAAGAUGCGGGUGCUCAAGUGGACUUUCACGACGCCGCGCGAAGAGUUCACCGAGCUGCUGCGCGAGCAAAUGAUGGCCGCGAAUGUCAACAAGGCUUUAUUGGCCAACAUGUUCCACGACGAUUUUCGCUAUCACUUAAAAGUCAUUGAGCAGUUGAGCGAUGAUCUGGCUGAGAACAGCAAGGCCUUGGUAUGCAAUCUGGACCUGAUACUGAAAUGGCUCACUCUGCGUUUCUACGAUACGAACCCUUCUGUGCUGAUUAAGGGUCUCGACUAUCUGGUGCAGGUCUUCCAGAUGCUCAUCGACAUUGAGUACAUCCUGGCCGAAAACGAGGGCAGCUGCUUUGUGCCCCACCUUCUGCUGAAGAUUGGAGACCCCAAGGAUGCCGUUAGGAAUGGAGUGCGAAGGGUUUUGCGUCAAGUUAUCCUGGUCUUCCCCUUCGCAAAGGUCUUUGGCUACGUAAUGGAGGGCCUCAAGUCGAAGAACGCUCGCCAACGUACCGAGUGUCUGGACGAGCUGACCUUCCUGAUCGAAUCGUACGGCAUGAACAUAUGCCCUCCGGCAGCGGUGCGAGAGAUUGCUCGCCAGAUCUCCGAUCGGGACAACUCUGUGCGCAGUGCCGCUCUCAACUGCGUCGUCCAGAUAUUCUUCCUUGCCGGCGAGAAGACCUACAAGAUGAUUGGCCAGCUGAAUGAAAAGGAUCUGUCUAUGCUGGACGAACGCAUUAAGCGGGCCAAGAAGACAAAGAAACCGGCGCCUCCACCCGUCGUUGAGGGGCCCAGCGGGACUAGACCUUCGGUCGUUCCCCAGCAGGACAGCAUUGAGAUCGAGGAUGCAGUGGUGGGCAACGGAUGCGAUGAGCUGCCUCCGCCGGACGAUGAGGGUUUGCAGCGGGCGUUGAAUGCGCGUGGGCAGAGCAACCUGGCGGAGCGGAGUGCCACCAGCGUGGUAUCAUACUUGAACUCCCUGACUCGGCAGGCGACAUUUGAUCAGGCGCCGUCGUCGCAGCUGCUCCUCUUACAACAGCAACUGGCUCAAUUACAGCAGCAGGCCCAGCUGCAGAAGCCCAGCGGUCCCUUCGGACUGGACCCGCAGGUGAUAAAUGAGAUUGAAAAGGAUUGGGUCCGUGUGGACCAAAUGGAACUGAAGUCGGUGACGAAUGUGGACAUCUCUGCGCUUGACGAGUCAAUCAAGAUACGGGCCGUUGCAGGCGGAGUGCAGUAUCCUCAGGAGAAGUUCGAUCGCUUGAUUUCGCGCCAGCAUUACCUUCAACAGACCCUGACCACAUCCCCAUCCUCGGCUGGUGGCGGGGCUAGUGGUAUCUCGCCCUACCGCAGUCCCAUGCGCCUGCAACUUCAGCAACAGCCCCAGCAAAUGGACAAUAACAUGCCGAAUUUGGCCGAUGUGCUGCCCAAGCAUGAUCCUCAGCUGGUGAAGGUCAUCAAGUCGGUCAGCAGCACAGACACCUUGAAGGCACGUGCGGCCAUUAAUGAGCUGGCCGCCAUAAUCGAAUCUCCCGAGAAGCAGGCCGUGCUCCGAGACUACGAAGAAAUAUUCAUACAGAAUGUGCUGGCACAGCUAAAGAAUCUCUCUCAGAUGCCUUCGGCCCAGUCCGUGGUGGUUUACCAGCCACUAUUGUCCAUAUUAUACACCUUUUUCCAUGCCAACAUUCUGGGCAAGACGCUGAGCGUUGCCUGCAUUAAAAAUCUCAUGUCAUCGCUGCUGAAUCUAAUGGCUGAUCCGAAACUGGCCGUGGGGGAUGACAGCCAGUACAACAAGGUGAUCAACGGCAUUUGCCUUAAAGUGCUGGACAAAGUAGACUUUACGAAUUUAAACUGUGCUCUUAUCCGAUUGCUGCGCGAGACUUGUCCAGAAGCGAAGCUGCCAAAGUUCACAGAUCUUCUAAUGAAGUGCAUCUGGCGGAAUGUGAAAAUGCUGCCGGAGCGCAGCAAUGAGCUGAACUACGAUGCUGUCAUAUUGGAAGUCCACGAGUUCAUGCUGGCCCUACCCAGCACCUGGUGGCAGAACCGUCCGUCGGACACCCCGAUGCGCACCAUCAAGACCAUUCUGCACAACAUGGCUAAAGUGAAGGGAAAUGCCAUCCUCCAGCAUCUCAACCAGAUACCCACACAUUCGGAGCUGCACACGUAUCUGAUACGCAUCCUUAAGAAUUUCCAAAAGGAUGGAUCUGUAACUGCUUCUGGAGCAUCACCACAAAGAGCCAAGGAGAUCGCCUCUAAGCGUAUUUCGCACCAGACUCACGACACAGUAUCUCAGAUCUUCAAGCUAAUCUCUGACCGAGAUACAAAGCAGCAAGGUCUGCAAAAGCUUUACGACUUCAAGAAACAAAACCCCGAAAUUGACCUUAGCACCUUCCUGCAAGGUUCAAGUGCCACUUUCCACAAGUACAUCGAGGAGGGGCUGGCCGAAAUCGAACGUAGUCACCAUACCGACACCGGCACACAGGCGCCGGAUAAUCGUACAGCAGCUACCCGUUCUUAUCUCACAGAUGCCAACCACCAGAACACCGCCCACGAUGCCGACUUCUGGAUGGAUCGUCUGCAGUAUCAUCUGAGUGGAGGCGGUGUGGGCGGCAAGCUGUCCUCCGGCCGCUCCGCAGAUGAUGGCUCCCAUAUGCUGGACAACAAGGUGGCCGACGAGAAUCUGUGCCUGAACUCAAUUAACUCUCAGAAGGCGUCCCUCAUCAAGCGCGAUAAGCGGGACAUGUCGCCGAACCGGUUGCAGCACCUCCAGGCCAAGUUGGCCCAGAUCAAGAAGGAGAAUCACGUCUAAUUAGUUGGGCUAAGGCUUCCGGAGGCUGGAAAUCCUAAGCUAUACAUAUAAGAUACCGAAACAGAAACAGGCAAUGACGCCCAAACAUAAAGCGAGCAAGGCCUCGUUUACUACAUGAUCAUUUAUUAUUUAACAUAGUUGUAUGCUUUUCAAGUCGGCACAUCUAUAUAUAUAUAUUUACGUAAAUAAUGUUUAGUAACAAGAGCAGCAGCGAGUGUCGAAAGCAGAUUAACAACAGUAACAAUAAUUAACAGAUCACACUAUAACUACUAUGCCUACUCCAAACUAUAUAUUGUACUUGUUCUAAUAUAACAAUUGAUCGGUCUAAUGUAUUAGCACUGAGUUGUGUUCUGUAUGCGAUUCAAUUUGAAUUGACUCGAUUGGCCGAGCUGAGAUUGAGAUUUAGAUCCUGAUUUACCCUGUAAUUGUGACUGUGACUGUGACUGUAACUGCGACCGGGUUCCAUUUUAGAUCGCUUGUUAGUUUAAAUUAUCAGUUAUCAGUGAAUUAUCAGCAGCAGAGUGUUAAUGGUUUGUGUUUUGCAUCGCUCUCUGCACCGCUAGGAUCGGUUCUUGUUAUGUCUGGUUAUGUUUUCCACACUCAACACGCCUCAAAUUGUUUCAAGCCAAGCGUGGGGCUCAGUGCGCGCUAAAAACUCUAAUUUAUACUCGUAUUAGCUAACAGUAGUUUUUACCAAAUAGCAGUUACCCUUUAACUUUUUUUUAGUUCAGUAAGACCCGUUCAGUUUUAUCUUCACACAUCCCUCCCAAACACACCACACCCACUCACACAUCCUCACAAAUAUACACUGAUUUUUAAGCAGCUGGCACGCAGGACACGCUGGAUAACAAACACAUAGGACACGCGAGCGUAUUUUUGUAACAUCCUCAUGAACUAUAUGCGAAAAUAAAUGUUAUAUUUAUAAUUCA